CUUGGUGAGCAGGCCACCAGGCUGCUGCUCAUGCUGCCUGUGCUUUGCCUGCCCUUUCUCCUAGGUACACCUCCAUCCCACAGCCAUGUCCUGCUUCGAUCUGUGCCGUCCCUGUGGCCCGACCCCGCUGGCCAACAGCUGCAACGAGCCUUGUGUGCGGCAGUGCCAGGACUCCCGUGUGGUGAUCCAGCCCUCUCCUGUGGUGGUGACCCUGCCCGGUCCCAUUCUCAGCUCCUUCCCCCAGAACACUGCUGUGGGAUCCAGCACCUCUGCUGCUGUUGGCAGCAUCCUUAGCCAGGAGGGAGUGCCUAUCUCUUCUGGAGGCUUUGGCUUCUCUGGCCUAGGUGGCCGGUUCUCUGGCAGGAGGUGCCUGCCCUGCUAAAACGGGUGGACAUCCUCAGAACACAUCCCAGCGAUGCUUGAAGCCAGGUGCCAGACUGAGGAUGUAGCUGCUGGCCAGGGUUUCCAAAUGGGCUGAGCACCCUCCUGCCCUCCUGCAAAGUAGAGAGGGAAGCCAGGGUGCCAGCCUGUGCUGUCUGGAAACACAGCAAGCAGAUGUCUUCUUCUGCUUUCUUCUCAUCAUCACAAGUCUUUGUUGUCUCAUGCUGUCCUUUGCCAUGGAUUCAUCCUGAAGCAAGCUGAGAGGGCCCUACUUCUUCCUCUCUCCACGUGAGGGAGGAAGACAUGCAUUCUAUUGUGGCAAAGUUUGCCAGCUGACUGCCAAUCUGUUUACCAGCUGCCUUUGUAGCAGCUUUAAACUAUGCACUGCUUUGACUCCUUCUUUAGAUUCAAUAAAAUUUAUGCUGCAUUGUAAUCUCAGUAUCCUCGUGUUCCUUUCCUGUUAAGACUCAUGGCAAAGUCAUUCAGGGAAAAAUAUUUUGACUUGGAGUCAAAAUGUUAUAUAACACCAUAAAGUUUACCUUUGUAAACUUUAUGUUGUAUUGUCCAGGUCUUAUCAGUGUCCAGGACAUCCCUCUAAUGGGCAUGUCAGCAAUGAAUGAUGUUGGAUAUUGUUUUUCAUUUGAUAAGACAGGAUAAUUUGAUAAG